GAGUGAUAGAGCGAGAGAGGGAGCGAGAGGGGCGCUGAGCUACAUUGCAAGCUGUUUGCAAAAAUGGGGGAUGACAAACCUUUUGUGUGCAACGCUCCCGGCUGCGGACAGAGGUUCACCAAUGAAGACCACCUUGCUGUCCAUAAGCAUAAGCACGAGAUGACGCUGAAAUUUGGACCUGCUCGGACAGAUUCGGUCAUCAUUGCAGACCAGACGCCGACUCCUACUCGUUUCCUGAAGAACUGUGAAGAAGUUGGCCUGUUCAACGAGCUGGCCAUGCCCUUCGAGCAGGAGUUCCGUAAAGCCCAGGAAGAUGACGACAAGAGAGCCAAGAACCUUCUGCCUGCGCCUGGCUCUUCAGCGCUGGACAUGAGUCUGCAGACGCCUUCAGACGUAAUCCGAGUGAAGGAAGAGGAGCCGGUGGACGUGGACGACUCCCCUCCGGCUAGUCCGGAUUCCGUCUCCAGCAGAUCGGACAGUAACCAGGAGGCCUCAGUCAGGGGAAUGGAAUCUCCACCUAAGUCAGCGGCGAGUUCGGCGUCCAUCACCACUAUCAUCCGGCCUGGCUCUCUUGCACUGCACCUGGGCUACGACCACCUGCACCCCACCAUGCCUUCACCCACUUCAGUCAUCACACAGGCCCCACCAUCCAGCCGCACCCUCGGGUCUCCUACGGGUCUGUUCCCAAUGAUGCUGUUUCCCAACGGCCAAACGGUUCCUGUGCUCCCGGGCUCGGUCCAAAUGCCUUCCGUUAUUUCUCUGGCCAGGCCCGGCAUGUGUAUGGUGCCCAACAUUCCAGGAAUCCCAGGUCCUCCGCUGGGGGGAAGCAGCAGCGGCUCGUCCUCCCCGUCCGGCUACAACCCACACGCCGAGGCCAAGAUGCGGCUCAAAGCGGCAUUGUCUCAGCAGACCACAGCAGCCUGUGUCAGCAUGGCGAUGGGCUCCGGUGCCAUGGUGCCACAGAGGAUGGAACACAGCCAACUACUAGUGCAGCAUCCAGAUGCCCCAUCACCCGCACAGCCACAGGUUUCUCCAGCCCAACCGACAGGCGGCCGACGGCGACGCACAGUGGACGACGACCCAGACGAGAGGAGACAGCGAUUUCUGGAACGCAACCGAGCGGCAGCUUCACGGUGCAGGCAGAAACGCAAGGUUUGGGUCAACUCUCUGGAGAAGAAGGCAGAAGAUCUGACCUCCAUGAAUGUCUCGCUCACAACCGAGGUCUCUCUCUUACGAAACGAGGUUGCUCACUUGAAGCAGCUGCUGUUGGCCCAUAAGGAUUGUCCUGUCACCACCCUACAGAAGAAGGCCGCCUAUCUGGGAGAGGAACCCAUGAAGCAGAUGUGUGAAUCCACAGGAUCUCCGGCGCCGGUGAUCCAGCACAGCUCGAUGGCUCCGAGUCCCUCGGGCUCAUCGGGGCCGAACGGCGUGAACUCGCGGGCCGCCGCCGAGGUGGUGGCCAUGUCUGUGCUGGCCGGUAUGGGCUCCCAGCGGGCAGAGAGCGGGCCCUCGCACGUCAUCAUGACCACACAACCCUCGGCCAGAUGAUAAGCCCAGCGCCGGGAGGGAUGAGGCUUCCUCAUCUUCCUCCUCCUCCUCCUCUCCCCGGACCUUUCGUGCUAUCUUCAGCCUGGAGCUCGGCCCAAUUCUGAGAAUGAACUAGUACUGUUGGGAGAAAGCAAGAGCUUCCUGUUCACUAUGCCAUAGACUACGGGGGCUGGACUCCGAACCGACGUCCUUAUUACUAUCCCGAAACCUUACUAACUUUAUUGACUUCAUGUCCCCUGCCCUCUUCGUACUCGUCGCCUUUCCUUUUCAUACUUCGGUGACCUGUAGGACAGCAGAGUGCUUCCUGAUUUUAUUAUGCAUAGCUGUUAUGCAAAUAUCACGUGCACAUUCAUAUAGCAAUAUGUGGAGAGAUGUGAUUAGUGGCGUGCCGUGAUGUGCGUGCUCACAUGUACCGUGCAGUACUUUUAUAUCUCUUUAUGAGAGGAGAAACUCACACAUGUUGGAUUUGCUCUGAUUCUGGUCUCUUACAUUUGAACUCAACUUUUCGUUUGAUGGAGGCCGAGCGAAUCCUUCAACCGAACUCUACAAAGUUCUGACCUCAUUUCUAGCCCUUUAUUAUAGUUUAUAUUUAGAGUGUGUGUCUGAGCGAGCGAGUCUGUGUGUGUACAGGAACGUACGGUAUAUUUCAUGGGACUGAUACACUAAUGUUGGCAUGCGAAACGUAUUUGAUCCUAUAUUUGGGAUGUGUUAUAUUUUACUCUCUAUAUUUACUAUGUACGGCACAUACAGUGAGAGCUGUAGAGGCUAAAAAUAAUGGACUUUGUCUUCAUAGCCUGGGAUGACGAACCCUCAGACUAUAAACCGGCUCACGGUCACAUUUCAAUUCUAAUCGAAUCCUCCUGGUUAAGGUUGCUGUGUAAGGUUACAUCACGGCUAAAUGGUUCCACGUCUGGCCUUCUUGUAAAAUGUUCAGUCAUUAUCUCUACUGUGCACUUCAGCCGCAUCAGGACUAACGCUCUUAACACUCCAGGAUUUAAUUACUUCUUCUUACUUUUGUUUUUAAAUAAAUACUU